GAUAGAAAAUUUAAAUAAUUGGUUGUACAGAUUUGAAACAAAUUGAUAGACCUCUCAGCAGAUCUGAAUAAUACUUGGAUCUUUUCAAACCUUUUAUUUCCAGUUAUGCCUCAGUUGCCAGAGGAGAGGAACCCCUUCCUCCAAGGGUCUUUUCUUAAUAGGGUGCCUCUUCUAUUAGCUUGAGAACUGCCAGCCCUACGAGGUAGUACAGAUCAGCACAAAGUAUGAGUUUGUGGGGGAGGUUUUGGCUCUGGGAGUUGAAAUCCAUCCAUCUUAAAAUUGCCAGGGUUGAGAAACAGUGCCGUAAAGUAUUACUGAAGUAAUUACAAUUUUUAUUUUAUUUUUAAAGCAGCUAAUUUCUGCUCAUCUUUGAAAUAUAGUUUUGGUUUGACUGAGUGAUUUCUUGACUUUUGACCACAGAGUAUUUUAGAACUUCGUUUACGUUCCAAGAUGAUCCUUGCCGAAAAUACCACGAAACCCUCUUGGUAAAUCCGAUUUUGUUCGUUCCUCCAACAAAGGCCCUGGCUGUUACAUUUACCAAUUUUAUAACAGAACCACUGAAGCACAUAGGAAAAGGAAUUGGUGAAUUUAUUAGAGCUCUCAUGAAAGAAAUCCCAGUUCUUCUACAGAUUCCAGUGCUGGUCAUAAUGGCAGGAGCAACUUUAAGUGAAUUAAAUCCUAAAGAAAAGAAUCAGGCUAAUGACGUAAUGGAGAAAACCAACAGAGAUUCAGACCUGGAGAAGACAAACAUUGUUGAACGUAGCCAAGUGCCAAAGCAUUCAAAAAGUAAUGGACACAAAACAAAACGUGGCAGCAGUGAAGACAGAGUUGUGAGGCGAAGACGGAAUCCCAAAGCCCCAGAAUUUCAGGGGAAAGAAAACGGCUCACGUGGAUUGGAAGAAUCCAGAGGCAGGAUUAUAGAAACCUUGAACCCUUCUGAACAGUAUCAGAGGAACUCUGCUUCCUGACAGACCUCUCUACCAGAUAGAAGCCUUUUUUUAUAUAAAAACAAAAUAUUUUUAAUCAAAAAGAAUUCAUCGUUCUGAAAUAAAGAAAAUUAUUCACUUUGUAACCCCCGGUGCAUCUUGAUUAAUCAGGAUGUUUUUCUCCUGACAGCUCCAAGGCAUUUUGAAAGGAUCUUACAGAAUUAUGUAUUAAAUAUAUAAAAACGUGCAAGAAUGUUGUAAAUAUACGGCUUGACAGUGAAAUAA